CACUUAAAGUGCUAAGCGGCAACAAAUUGGUUGAUAAUCUUAUUAAGAAAUCACUUACUUUAAAAGUCAAGAAUCGAAUAACAUACAUUCCAUUUGAGCAGUUCACAAACAUCAAAUAUCUUUCCGAAGGUGGAUUUAGUAAAAUAUAUAAAGCAAUAUGGAAAGAUGGACCAAUUACUGGAUGGAAUUCAAAAAAAGAAUGUUUUACUCGGAGUGAACGUGAAAUUGUUCUUAAAAGGCUUAAUAAUUCUGAAAUAUUGACCGCAGCUUUUUGA